CUCCUCUGCUUCUUCCACAACAACAACACAAUUUUCUCACCAAACCACUCACUCAUCUCUCUCUCUCUCUCUCUCUCUCUCUCUCUGUCAUCCACUCUAGUAAGCACGAGUGCCAUGGCGAAGGACAUUGAAGUUGGAGGCCAAGGUGGGUUCCCCGCCAAGGACUACCAAGACCCACCGCCGGCGCCGCUGAUUGACGCUGAGGAGCUCGCCAAGUGGUCCUUCUACAGGGCUAUCAUUGCCGAGUUCAUUGCCACGCUCUUGUUCCUAUACAUUACCGUGUUGACGGUCAUUGGAUACAAGAGCCAGGUCGACAAAACCGCCGGCGGCGAGGACUGCGGUGGCGUUGGCAUUCUUGGCAUAGCGUGGGCCUUUGGUGGCAUGAUCUUCGUCCUUGUUUACUGCACUGCUGGUAUUUCAGGAGGGCACAUUAACCCGGCGGUGACAUUCGGGCUGUUCCUGGCUAGGAAGGUCUCGCUGGUCCGAGCCAUUUUGUACAUGGUAGCUCAGUGCUUGGGGGCCAUAUGCGGAUGUGGGCUGGUGAAGGCAUUCCAGAGCGCUCACUACGGCAGGUACGGUGGCGGUGCCAACGAGCUCUCCGCUGGAUACAGCAAGGGCACUGGGUUGGCCGCCGAGAUCAUUGGUACCUUUGUGCUUGUCUACACAGUCUUCUCUGCCACUGAUCCCAAGAGAAGCGCAAGGGAUUCCCAUGUUCCCGUCUUGGCACCACUACCAAUCGGAUUUGCGGUGUUCAUGGUUCACCUGGCCACCAUUCCAAUCACCGGAACUGGUAUUAAUCCCGCCCGGAGCUUCGGAGCUGCGGUGAUCUACAACGAGAACAAGGCAUGGGAUGACCAAUGGAUUUUCUGGGUCGGACCAUUUAUCGGUGCUGCUAUUGCUGCGUUCUAUCACCAGUUCAUUUUGAGAGCAGCCGCCGCUAAAGCUCUUGGGUCCUUCAGGAGCUCAUCCAACUUUUAAACUAUGCCAAAGAUGUGUGUCCCUGCUUACCAAUUGCUUCAAAGAGCAAUGGCACUUUUAUAUGGUCACAAGGAAGGGGAAUUUGUACAUUUUUAAGUUUAUGGCAAGGAUGUGUCCUUCGUGAUCUUACUUUUGUGUUUUGGCACCCAUUUUAAAUGUGCCAUUAUGUUAAUGUCGUUGUUGUCUCCAAUUUUCCUUUGCAUUUCUGGUCUUUUCCUUUUGUCCUGUGUACUCAUGAUCUUAUGGUCCAAAUGAUCAACAAGUUCUUUGUGUUA